UGAAUUCGCCCCGAAGUGCGACGAUGGUGUCCUCCCUUCAGGUCUGAAAUGUUUUUGGAAUAGAGCACCGUACUUAGUGCAGUGUAAAACGAUCCGUUACGCGUGGGUGUUGUGUUUGGUGUGAACAGUAAUUGUAUGUAAUCGAUAAAAGCUUGUGUGAGGCUAAUCGGAGUCGGAGUGGAAAAACGCCGCACCAGUUGUGGAUGUGUUGGUUGCGUGAGUUUCCACUGCGGAUCGAGCGUUAAAGGAUGCUAGGGCUAUCGCUAUCAGUAACGAAAGAGGCAUCGGCAACCCAUCGAUCCUGGAUUGAAUAUCAUGCUCACAGAGCAACACCACCGACCGCAACAGCAGCUACCGAAACUCGAAGGAGGUGCCGUCAGAACAAUACGCAAAACUCUUGCGAAACAAAGUCACAAGCUAACACGAAAUCAGUUUUGCUCAUCCCAAGAUAAUUUGGGUGCUUCCGAGUAUCGGAAGGACCGCAGGGUGCAUGGACUGCAGCUUCCGUUGCAUCCUCUCCAGCUAGUUGGGUGGUUUGCGUUGAUUGUUUUCGGUUAUUCCACCUUUGUUGUGUUGAUUCCAGCGCUGAAACCGUCGGUGCAGGAGCCGCUGUACUAUCUAUUGGCAACGCUCUAUCUGCUUCAUCUGGUAUCGCAUCUGGCAGCACUGCUUCUUGAUCCUGCCGACGUCGAGCUUCGUCGCAAGAGUACCCGAACGGUCGUGCCCGAGUUCGACCGCAGUAAGCAUUCGCACGUGAUUGAGGACGGACGGUGUCAUUUGUGCAACAUCAAAACCAGCAGCCACCGGACUAAACAUUGCAGUGUCUGUAACAAGUGUGUCGGAACGUUCGAUCAUCACUGCAAAUGGUUAAAUCACUGUGUUGGUGGUCGGAAUUAUGUGGCUUUCCUUAUGUGUGUGGUGAGCGCUGUUAUUGCAGCUUUGGUCAUUCUGGCCGCCGCUGUUGUCGAGAUCGUCCUGUAUCACGUACAACCUGAAUGGCUGAAUCCCGCCUGGUUUGGCUUUACCAGCGAAAGCAGCACCAUCUGCGCUAAUGUCGAACCUUCGGUGGUCGUGGUCGAUCAGCCAAACAUCGACUUUAAAAACGACACUCUUGCAAGCACUUCACUUCCAGUUCUGCUGGACAACAUCACCAGCUCCGCUCAGGAUUUACUGUUUAAUCAAACCAUUUUUACCGAUCUAAUCGAAAAUGUCACAGAAGCCGAAAGCACGGUCACGCAAAAACCCGAACAAUCCACCGGAAUCAGUACGAAUAACACCAUAUUCCUUGCGCUGAUUGGAUUUCUCGGAAUACUGGCCGCCAUAGCGGCUGGUUUACUGCUGCAUCUGUGCUUUUUCCACAUCUACAUUUCGUUUCUCGGCCUAACAACGUACGAAUACAUUCGCAACAAUCGCCAGCAUUUGAUGACCAACAGCACUGCGACCGCUCAGAACAUCCGCAAUUUAGCAAAUGGUCCUUCGACUACGACCUCUACCACAGCCACCGGCUCGAAGCUGUCCGUGCUCACAAACUGUUCCAACGCUAAUCAUACCAUACCGGAAAUCUACAUUUGCUCCUCGAUAAACCCGACAACGGUUCUGCCGGUGUCCGGCGCCCUGAACGAUCUAAACCGACAGCGACCUCGUACUUUGCAUUGCUGUGAUAACUCGAAAGAAUGCACUAACAAUAUCACUUCGGCAGGGCUUCGAAAUCUGGAUGCGGUAUCGUUAUCAACCGUAGCCACCAGCGCGUCAACCACACACCAGAAAGCAGCCUUCUAUCUGUGUUCUACGCUCGAAGAGCGAAACGUUGCCGAAGUCAAGGGACAUCCGCGGGAGAAGUGUGAGUCUCGGACAUUUCACUGCUGUUCGCAGUUCAAACAGACCAUCAAUGGGGACGAUUUUGAAACCACAACCACGUCGGAAUCGUACGUACAAUUCACCGAGCAGUGUACGUUCUGCAGCUUCAAGGUCAAACCUACCAGAAGAACUCUGGAUAAGAACGAUCAAAUUGCCACUCUGCAGGAGAAGCGCUGUUGCGCGAAAUCUCUAACGAAGCAUCAUCGCUGGAAAAGAAAAUGGAACUGUUGCUCCAACGUUCCUGACAGUCCCGAUGUUCCGGGCGAUCCGUUGCGUUCCAUAUCGGCUGUAGUUCAGCGUAAACAGCAGCAAAAUUCGGAAGCUUCACUUCCCACAAUUACCAAUGUAACCGAGCAUAAUCAUCUACAACAACAACAACAACAGCAGCAGCAACAGUUAAAUCGCAAUGAACUGACAAAUAAUGAAAAUCGUGCCAAUAACAAUAGAAAUAAUUGUGUUAGCAACAAUAAUUGUAGCGCCACCAGUACCGGUACCGGAAGUGAGUAUUUCGAUAAUCUAACGUCGGUCGGCGAGCACAACGUCAUGAACAACAACAUCACCACCUACAACAACAGUACCAGUUCGGCUAGCAACGGCAAUAACAACCGUAUCCUUAACGACGCCAAUGGCAACGACGUCACACUGAUAUCAAGCAGCAAUUCACCGGUGCCGAAACGACCGCGGGCACGUUUGGUACGUCCCUGGCCAGUUGUGCGGCUUCGCCACAUGAUGCGAAUGAUCGAUCGCUACCGGCGGCCUCGCUGUCGGCCAUCGGCCCCACUGCCUGCCGGAGGCAGCAUCAAACAGAACCAAGUUCGGCCUCUCUCAACCAGCGAGUGUUCCACCACGGUCAUUGCUUGCGGCCCCGGAUCCCCCUCCAUUCUCAACCACGGAGUCCUUCUUCCGACUUCGGUGAUCCGAACUACGGAAGCCCCACUAACGAUGCCGGUAUUACCCCCGCCAACGCGACGUAAGCUCAAGAAUACCACCGAAGACAUGCAGGAGCUCGUUGAUACGCUCAACUUUGUCCAGCAUCAGCAGCAACAGCAGCAGCAGCAGUCCAAUACUCAGAAUCUACAGCCGUCGACGGUUCGGAUACCGGUCCAUCCGUCGUACCGCCGCAGCCGGCGAAAGAAUGUUAUACGUAACCGCAGCCCUACGCUGUCACCGAUCCACGAGUCCGGUCUAUCGAAUCCGACCUCGCCCCAGCCGUGCCGGCACUCGUGCUCCGCCAGUAUAUCGUCGCUGACCUCCGGUGCGGCGACCAACGUGUGCGGGUCCGGUAGCGUUCCGGCAACCUACUCUGUAGAUAGAUCUCCUUGAUUACGAUUACCUUGUGCUCUGAUAGUGUGUAUUUACGAUUGGUUUUUCUUCCGACUUUGAAGUACUCGCUGUGUAACUACUUGAUGGAUGCUACUUUCUUCUAGUUUUCUCUCUCUCUCACUUUCUCUUCCGAUCAAACAAUUGUGGUUCGAAAAAUAAACGGUUGAAACCGCGUUGUAAGUUUUGUAGCUAAAACAAUAAUGAAAAUAUAAUGUGAAACAUUUGUGAGACAACGAAAUUAAAAGAAUUUUUAAGUACAUUCCACGGUGCAGUAAAUAAAGAAGAAGAAAAAAAGAUGUGCAAAUUGUUUACCUACUUUUUGGAAGAGCGAGUAUUUUUGGUAACGACGAUGUCUAAAUUAGUGUUAGUUAAAUUUUUAUUGUGACUGUGAGACACAACAACAACAACAAGAAAAGCCAUUGAGGAUUUAAAAAAAAGUGAAAA